AUGGGCUUCAACUGGAUUAUCUUGCCUAUUCUUCUCUUCAAUUUCACUGUUACUUUGGCACUUACAAAUUCGGGUGAUGGUAAGCUUCUUCUCCUUUGUAGAUUCAUCUGCUCUUUCUCUCUCUAGAAGAAUGAGUGAGUUUAUGGCAAUCCCUUUCCACAGCUGCCGCACUUCGUUCUCUGGAGAACAUCUGGGCGAACGUGCCGCUGAAUUGGCAGGGCUCAGAUCCCUGUAGCAGCCAGUGGACGGGAGUUGGGUGCCGUGAUAAUCGAGUUGUCUCCAUGUGAGAGCUUGGUGCUUUUUCUCCUUUUCGUUGUAAUUUUCAUGGAUUUUGAAUCAUCUGAGGCUCUUCCCCUUUUCAUUAAAAUUUUCAGAAGGCUCUCGAGCAUCGGAUUAGAGGGCACACUCUCUGGAGACAUUGAGUCACUGACCGAGCUGGAGAUUCUGCAAGUUCCAAUAUUUCUGUUUUGACAUAUACCAUCAUAUAUAAAUAAAGAUUUGUUCAUAUGAUCUCAGAAACUGGAUCCUCACAUAUUAGAUCCCGUUGACUAAAGUUUUUAAGACAUCCGACUAUCUUCCCCAUGCAGGGACCUGUCUUACAACAAGGGAUUGACCGGAAAUCUUCCAGCAGCAAUUGGGAAUUUGCGUCAACUGACAGAUCUGUGAGUAAAACCAUUGCUGAUUGAAACGUGGCCCACCCACAUUUUAUUUUAUUUUUCCUCACAAGAAUCCUGCCGCUGAACCUUUUUCCUUUUUUUGUCAUCCAGGAUUCUUGUCGGAUGCAGCUUUUCCGGGGAAAUCCCAGAUUUGGGUUCUCUGCAGAACCUAGUAUUUCUGUGAGUUUCAUCGAGAAAUUAUAUAAUUUAAUUAAUUUUUUAAAAGUUCCUAUAAAUCUGAGCUCUAUCUCACCACCUGCAACAUAGUUUUUGUGUUUUUUUUUCAAGGGAUUUGGAACCAUAAACAUAGAAUCCUAUUAAAGGGUGUUUUUUUAUUUUUUCUUCAGAUCUUUGAACUCAAACCAGUUCACUGGAGGAAUCCCAUCUUCCCUUGGCAAAUUGUCAAAGCUGUAUUGGCUCGACCUGGCUGACAAUCAACUUUCAGGACCAAUUCCAGUAUCCAGCGGCACCUCUCCUGGUCUUGAUAUGCUGAUCGGCACCAAGCACUUGUAUGCAAAAUUUGAUAUUUUUGAUCUUAAAAUAUACCUUACUCUAAACCAUCACUGUUAUAACGGAACCUGUGAUUUAUAAUUGCAGCCAUUUUGGGAAAAAUCAGCUCUCUGGCACUGUUCCGAGUAAACUAUUCAGCUCAGACAUGCGUUUAAUACAUCUGUGAGCUCCACAUUCAUAUAGUUAGCUCUGGCACUUGAGAUACUACAAGUGAUUAUAGAAGUGACUUUCUGCCUGAUUUCUUUCUUCUCCAGGCUCCUUGAUAAAAAUAACUUCACCGGAAUUAUCCCCCCAACAUUAGGACUGGUGAAAGCCCUUGAAGUUGUGUAAGUAUCUGCAGAAUGUGGUUUGACAGAUGAAUGCCACUGAUUAGGAUGCGCUUGGGUCCUACUAACUAGUUCUAUAAUUUCGUGUGUGGAAACAGACGGCUAGAUAGGAAUUCAUUCACUGGCCCACUUCCUUCCAAUCUUAACAACCUCACCAAUGUUGGGGAGCUGUAAGUAUCUCAAAAAUUUGACGAAUGAGAUCUAUCUUAACAAGCAGGACUUCCAUACAAAAAAAAAAUUCCGUUUCAGGUAUGUAUCAAACAACAAAUUCACUGGUCCUCUGCCAAAUUUAACUGGGAUGAGUGCUCUCCGUUACGUGUAAGUACUGCAUUAAGUGUUGUUUUAUGAAUAGAAGAAUGAGAUUAUCGAUUUACUUUAAGGAAAUAAUUUUCAUGAGUAAGUUUUUUUGCAAUAGGGGGAAGGUUUGUAUUUUUUUUGCAAAAAUGAUAUUUUGAUUAUUCGAAUCACAAGUUUCACAAAUAAAAACAUCCUAAAAAAAUAUAUUUUUAUCAAUUUAAGAGUCUGAGCCAUCCUGGAAAAGUUGAUGUGGAAAAAAAGAAAUCUUAAAUCAUUUCCAGAUAUAGCAUGUGAUUAUUGGGUCUUUGCUGAUCAUUGUGAACGAUUUCCUCUUCAUUUCGUCAUCGCUAAAAACUCUUCUUAUCAUGUCUGACGCUCCAUUGGACGGGGGGAAGAAUAGCCUUCAGACUUUAUCCCAAGUGCUUGUGACACUGUUUUAGUCUUAUGAUGAUGAAGAUGAUAAGUAUUAAUAUUCUUGCACGUAGAACAUGUAUUUGCUCAUAAUCAUCUCUUAUGCAUUUGUACUUCUUUCUCUUGACAUAAUGACUAACCAAGAAACAUGGUUCCAGGGAUUUGAGCAACAAUACGUUUGAUCCAUCAGACGCCCCGCCAUGGUUCUCGACUCUGCGAUCUUUAACCACUCUGUAACUCUCUCUCUCUCUCUCUCACUCUCACACACAUCCUCCCCCAAGUAAGUCUGAGUUUGAUCUUUGAAGCAUGAUGCCAUUUUUAAUACAGUGUGAUGGAAUCCUUACGGGUUGGAGGCGAAAUACCUCAGUCCCUGUUCACGAUUCCUCAGUUACAGACCCUGUGAGUGUCCUUGACCUCAAAACCUCUUGAUACUCCCUCUUUGAUUGUUCUUCAGAUGUGAUUUUGGUGAACAUUGGGUGCAGGCGUCUGAGAAACAAUCUUUUCAAUGGCACGCUGGACAUUGGCAGCAACUUCAGUGGACAGCUUCAGCUGGUUGACUUGGAGAACAACAGGAUUGAACGUUUCGUAGAAGGGGGAGGAUACAAGAACGAACUGAGGUCAGCCAUUGCAUACUCACUGCAUCCAAUACGUCCGUGAUUUUAUACAGCAAGUUUUGACUGUUAUUCACCCUGAAGAUCAUGUCCCAAGAAGCAAAAUCCAAAGUAUCUCAGCACAGUAGAGAAUUUAUCCGUUAAAGUUUUGCCUAUUUUACCCAUCAUGAGCAUCAUGCCCUGAAAUGGCAGAUCAAAGGAACUGUUUCAUGACUAACGGCUCCCUGAAUAUUCAAGAAUUAAUUCAUUAACUUUUUUAAUAUGACUGGUCAUGAGCUUUUUUCUUCGAUGAAACUUGUGCAGACUUUUGGGAAACCCUUAUUGCGAUCAAAGCACCUCAGACACCCGUUGUGCAACUGGAAUAAGGUCCACUCUGCCGUACACAACUCCUAUUCCCAAUUGCCAGCAGCUUACCUGCAGUGCGGACCAGAAACAAAGUCCCAACUGCAGAUGUGCCUAUCCAUAUACUGGAAAUCUCUACUUCAGGGCCGUUUCCUUCUCUGACCUGUGGAAUGCAACAAAGUUCCAAGCUUUGGAAGCUGGACUCUUGAAGUCAUUUCAGUCCCAACAGAUUCCUGUGGGAUCUGUGGCCCUUUCGAACACAUUUACCAAUGAAGACAGCUAUCUUCAGACAACCCUCCAGGUCUUUCCAGCCGAGAAUCCUCGUUUCAAUCAAUCAGAGAUAUCGAUCAUCGGGUUUAUUCUGAGCAACCAAACCUUUAAGCCUCCGAGCUUCUUUGGCCCCUUCUUCUUCAUCGGGACAUCAAACAGCACUGCUCAAGGUAAUAUCAGCUUCUGAUUUAAACAUUAUGAUCUAUGGAUCCCUCAGUGUUUGGCAUAUGAGAUGUUCCCUUGAAUGUGGAUUCUGUGUAGAGGUGAACCCAGGCUCAGGAUCAGGAUCAGGGUCAGGCUCAAGCUCAGACUCAAGCUCAAAAUCGAACGUUCCUGUAAUCAUUGGAGCUGUAGCUGGUGGGUGUGUUAUUGCAUUGAUAGCGAGUUUUCUGGUUGUGUAUGUGAUGAGGCGGAAGAAAGAACCUUCAAAACCUAAAGAGCAGAGCCAGCCUUUUGGUGAGCCAAGGAUGUAA